GGGGCCAUGAUUCACUGGUCGCCGGGGCCAGGUUUGGGGGCUGGGGGUACCCACACGGCUCAGCUAGAGAAGUUUUGGGGGUGAGUGGGUGCAAGGAGCCUGGCUUGGGCCCGCUGAGCCACCAGCAGGUGGACAGUCCACGUGGUGGUGGAAGCCUGAGCUUGGUGGUCUCUGGGUCGCGUGGCCCCGUCGCAGGGGAGCCAUGGUUUCUAAACUGAGCCAGCUGCAGACGGAGCUCCUGGCGGCCCUGCUUGAAUCGGGCCUGAGCAAAGAAGAGCUAAUUCAGGCCCUGGGGGCGCCUGGACCCUACCUGCUGGCCGGGGAAGAGUCCUUGGACAAGGGGGAGUCCCGUGGCAGUGGCCGAGCAGAGCUGGUCGAGCUUCCCAAUGGUCUGGGGGAGACACGGGGCUCUGAGGACGAGACAGAUGACGAUGGGGAAGACUUCACGGCGCCCAUUCUCAAAGAGCUGGAGAACCUCAGCCCCGAGGAGGCUGCCCACCAGAAGGCCGUGGUGGAGACCCUACUGCAGGAGGACCCAUGGCGAGUGGCGAAGAUGGUCAAGUCCUACCUGCAGCAACACAACAUCCCACAGAGGGAGGUGGUUGACACCACUGGCCUUAACCAGUCCCACCUUUCCCAGCACCUCAACAAGGGCACCCCCAUGAAGACACAGAAGCGAGCUGCCCUGUACACCUGGUACGUCCGCAAGCAGCGAGAGGUGGCCCAGCAGUUCACGCAUGCAGGACAGGGUGGGUUGAUUGAAGAGCCCACCGGCGAUGAGCUGCCAACCAAGAAAGGGCGGAGGAAUCGAUUCAAGUGGGGUCCAGCUUCCCAGCAGAUCCUGUUCCAGGCCUAUGAAAGGCAAAAGAACCCCAGCAAGGAGGAGCGAGAGGCGUUGGUGGAGGAAUGCAACAGGGCGGAGUGCAUCCAGAGAGGGGUAUCACCAUCGCAGGCACAAGGACUGGGCUCCAAUCUCGUCACGGAGGUGCGUGUCUACAACUGGUUUGCCAACCGGCGCAAAGAAGAAGCCUUUCGGCACAAGCUGGCCAUGGACACAUACAGUGGGCCACCAUCUGGGCCAGGCCCAGGUCCUACGCUGCCUGCCCACAGCUCCCCUGGCCUGCCCCCACCUGCCCUCUCCCCCAGUAAAGUCCACGGUGUGCGGUAUGGGCAGUCAGCAACGAGUGAGGCGGCAGAAGUGCCCUCCAGCAGUGGUGGUCCCUUGGUGACGGUGUCCACUCCCCUGCACCCAGUGUCCCCCAUGGGCCUGGAGCCCAGCCACAGCCUCCUGAGCACUGAAACCAAGCUGGUCACAGCCACAGGGGGCCCCCUGCCCCCAGUCAGUACACUGACAGCACUGCACAGCCUGGAGCAGGCUUCCCCAGGCCUCAACCAGCACACACAGAACCUCAUCAUGGCUUCACUCCCUGGGGUCAUGGCCAUCGGGCCUGGUGAACCUGCCUCCCUGGGCCCCACAUUCACCAACACGGGUGCCUCCACCCUGGUCAUCGGCCUGGCGUCCACGCAGGCGCAGAGUGUGCCGGUCAUCAACAGCAUGGGCAGCAGCCUGACCACGCUGCAGCCGCUGCACCCGUCCUACCAGCAGUCUCUCAUGCCUCCGGUGCAGAGCCACGUGGCCCAGAGCCCCUUCAUGGCCACCAUGGCCCAGCUGCAGAGCCCCCACGCUCUCUACAGUCACAAGCCUGAGGUAGCCCAGUACACCCACACAGGCCUGCUGCCACAGACCAUGCUCAUCACCGAUACCACCAACCUGAGCGCCCUCGCCAGCCUCACGCCCACCAAGCAGGUCUUCACCUCAGAGGCAGAAGUCUCCAGUGAGUCUGGGCUUCACACGUCAGUGUCCCAGGCCACCACCAUCCACAUCCCCAGCCAGGACCCUGCAGGCAUCCAGCACCUGCAGCCCACCCACCGGCUCAGCAGCAGCCCCACAGUGUCCUCCAGCAGCCUAGUGCUGUACCAGAGCUCCGACUCCACCAACGGCCACAGCCACCUGCUGCCAACCAACCAUGGUGUCAUUGAGACCUUCAUCUCUACACAGAUGGCUUCUUCUUCCCAGUAACCGCGGCAAUCGCCUCCCAGGUUGCCCCCUGCACAGUCUGCUUGUGGGGUAAUGAGGGCAGCAGC